GGGUCGCGGUAGCGGUGGUGGCGGCGGGGACCCCCACCGGCUGCGGCCGCCGGGGCGCGGCGCGGCCCGGCGAGACUUGACGGCAGCCCACAUCGAGUCCUUCAACUACGCCGUUAGCGAGGGGGUCUACCGCGCCGUGCAGGACCUGUCGCCGGUGGAGCUGAAGCUGAAGGAGAGCCGGGUGUCGCUGGCGGUGGUGGGGGUGUCCAUUUCCCCCCCCGCCGUGCCGGCCGGGACGGUGUGUCAGGAGCGGAGGGUUUUCCCCGCCGAGUGCCGCGGCCUGCGCAGCACCUACCGCGGCAGGAUCGCCGCUGACAUCAGCUGGUCAGUGAAUGACGUGCCACAAGGGACUAUUAAACAGCCCCUCGGGUAUAUUCCAAUCAUGGUGAAGUCCAAGUUGUGCAACCUCUAUAAUCUUUCUCCAAAAGAGCUCAUGCAGCACCACAAGGAGGAAGAGGAAAUGGGAGGCUACUUCAUAAUUAACGGCUUAGAAAAAGUUAUUAGGAUGCUGAUAAUGCCCAGGCGAAAUUUCCCUCUUGCAAUGACAAGACAUAAAUGGAAAAACAGAGGCCCUGGCUUCACAGAGUACGGAGUAGUGAUGCACUGUGUUAAGGAAGAGCACGCUGCAAUAAAUAUGAACCUUCACUACUUGGAAAAUGGGUGUGUCAUGGUGAAUUUCAUUUUUCAGAAAGAGUUAUUCUUCCUUCCCUUGGGAUUUGCUCUGAAGGCAUUAGUUAAUUUCCCAGACUACCAGAUUUUUGAAGAGUUGGUCAAAGGAAAGGAAGAGGACACCUUUUAUGUCAACUGCGUUACCGAGAUGAUGAGAGCGGUCGUGGAUGCGGGCUGUUUGACCCAGCAAAACGUCCUCGAAUACCUGGGAAAGAGCUUCAGAAUCAAACUGAACCUUCCUGAGUGGUACAGCAACGAGCAGGCUGCGGAUUUCAUUCUGAACAAGUGUAUCUGCAUACACCUGACAAACAGAACAGAAAAGUUCUACCUGCUCUGUAUGAUGACCCAGAAGCUGUAUGCUUUUGCCAAAGGGGAGUGCAUGGAGGAUAAUCCAGACAGUCUGAUGAAUCAGGAAGUGCUUACCCCGGGACAACUUUUCCUUAUGUUCUUAAAGGAGAGGCUCGAAAGCUGGUUGCAGUCCGUUAAGUUCGUUUUGGAGAAAAGAGCAGAAAAGGCAGAUAUCAACAUAAAUGCAGACAGCUUGGUGAAGGCAUUCAGCCUGGCAACAGACCUUACCAAGCCAUUUGAAUAUCUUCUUGCAACUGGUAACCUGCGAUCUAAAACCGGCCUGGGCAUGUUACAGGACAGUGGUCUGUGCGUGGUGGGAGACAAGCUGAACUUCAUCCGCUACCUUUCCCACUUCCGCUGCGUGCACAGAGGGGCAGCGUUUUCCCAGAUGAGAACUACAACCGUCCGCAAGCUGCUGCCCGAGUCCUGGGGGUUCCUGUGCCCCGUGGACACCCCAGAUGGAGAACCCUGUGGUCUGAUGAACCACAUGACUGCUGUGUGUGAAAUAGUGACGGAGAUGGUGCCCGUGAGAGACAUUCCCCCUUUGCUGUGUUCCCUGGGUGUCACCCCCAUUGAUGCCACACCGAGCAAGCCUUACGCGGAGUGUUGCAGAGUCGUGCUGGAUGGUUCUGUGGUGGGCUGGGUGGAGUGGGACCUGGCUCCUGAGAUCGCAGAAACCCUCCGCCGUUUCAAGAUAACACAAGAGAAGAGAUUCCCUGCACGGGCAGAAGUGGUCCUUAUCCCAAUGACUGGAAAACCCAGUCUGUAUCCUGGGUUGUUCAUUUUCACUACCCCUUGCCGGAUGGUUCGCCCUGUCAAAAACCUAUUCUAUGGAAGGAAUGAAUGGAUUGGUACUCUGGAACAGAUCUUCAUGAACGUGGCCUCGCUGGAGUCAGAGGUGGUGCCCGGAACGACCACUCACCAGGAGCUCUUCCCUCACAGCAUUCUGAGCGUCGUGGCCAACCUCAUCCCCUUCUCUGACCACAACCAAAGUCCACGAAACAUGUACCAGUGCCAGAUGGGAAAGCAAACCAUGGGGUUUCCAGUUUAUAACUACAAGGACCGCUCGGAUAACAAGCUGUACCACCUUCACACUCCCCAGAGCCCUCUGGUGCGGCCCAGCAUGUAUGACUAUUAUGGGAUGGACAGCUAUCCCGUCGGCACCAAUUCAAUUGUGGCUGUCAUCUCCUACAGUGGCUAUGACAUGGAAGAUGCAAUGAUCGUGAACAAAUCUUCCUGGCAGAGAGGGUUUGCCUAUGGAAGCGUUAUCAAGGUGGAGAGCAUUGACCUUUCCCUUAAAGCCAGCAGGGCAGGCGAAAACUUGGUGUUUGGCAUCAGGCCUGGUGAUCCCAACGUUACGGAGAAGCUGGAUGCCGACGGACUGCCUUUUGUUGGCUCUAUCCUACAGCCUGGGGACCCCUUCUACAGCUUCAUGAACCUCAACACGGGGGAGACCUCCACUGUGUACUAUCCGAAUAAGGAAGUGGGCAUUGUAGACAACGUCAGGUUAUGCAGUAACGACCGGGGCACUGGGAAGUUCAAAAAGGCUUGCAUCACCGUCAGGGUGCCCCGAAAUCCAACGGUGGGAGACAAAUUUGCCAGCCGCCACGGCCAGAAAGGCAUCCUGAGCCAGCUCUGGCCAGUUGAGGAUAUGCCCUUCACGGAGAACGGGAUGGUUCCUGACAUCCUCUUCAACCCUCACGGCUUUCCCUCCCGUAUGACCAUCGGGAUGUUAAUCGAGAGCAUGGCAGGGAAGUCGGCGGCGCUUCACGGCGUCUCCUACGACGCCACUCCCUUCACCUUCACGGAGAAGAACUCUGCCUUGAAGUAUUUUGGCGAGACGUUGGUCAGCGCGGGUUACAACUUCUUCGGGACGGAGAAGCUGUACAGUGGCAUCAGCGGGCUGGAGCUGGAGGCGGAGAUCUUCGUGGGGGUGGUGUACUACCAGCGCCUGCGCCACAUGGUCUCCGACAAGUUCCAGGUGAGGACGACGGGGCCCCGAGACUCCGUCACCAACCAGCCCGUCAAAGGGAGGAACGUGGAAGGUGGGAUCCGCUUCGGCGAGAUGGAGCGUGAUGCUCUGCUGGCCCACGGCACCUCCUUCUUGCUCCAAGACCGCCUCUUCAACUGCUCCGAUGGCUCCAUCGCCUACGUCUGCACCAGCUGCGGCAGCAUGACGUCUCCCGUGCUGGAGAAACCCCCCAACUCCUCCUCCCUGACCACCAACAGGAGGUAUUCCUGCUCUGUCUGCAGCGAGGUGGACGCCAUCGAGGUCGUCCCCGUGCCCCACGUCUUCCGUUACUUCGUGGCGGAGCUGGCAGCCAUGAACAUAAAAACCAAGCUCAACGUGGAGUAG